CAGCUUUAGACACUCUCGUCUUUGUGCCUCGUCCCCUGGUCCGGCGUUGCUCACUCUAGCGCUAGCUCCCCUCGGACUCGCUUGCAGGUCUCCUGUCCAGUCCCUAUUGGAACAUGCUGUCGCGCAAAACGCUCCUAGCUGGAGCUCUACUACUCUGCUGCUUCCUGGCGUCAGCUCCUGCAUCUGAAGCUGAGAAGGGCGGGAACGGGACCGCCGUCGGGACCACCGUCGGGGCCGCCGGGGCGCGGCGCCGCCAUGCCGCACAAGAUGGCCGACAAAACAAGACUCUUGUGUUCAGAAGUAAAGUGAAGACCAAGAAGAUGAAGAAGACAACGGGGGGCGGACCCAGACACAGGAAGGAGCCACGUGACGACUCCGCCUGCACCAGGAGCCGAGGCAUCUGCCAGGCCAGCCGCUACCUCUGCCAGGGGCGCUACCUGAGAGACAAGUGCGCCGUGGCCCGGACGCGGCAGUGCUGCGUGCCAGCUGGACCCUGGAGCAUCCUCUGUGCCGGUCACCAUAACAACAGAGUCCGGGCGUGUGACGUGUACGGCUGUGGGGCGUACAACCAGAGAAGAGGUGAGGACCUCCAUGAAGCUGUGGACCUGGUGUGCGGCGACUUUGCCGUGGUCAACGCACCGUUCUCCGGCGUGCUGGCAGGCCCCGUGGGUCGCGUAGGACAUGACGGCCUCCAGUACGACGGCGUCAAGAUCAUCAGUGAUGGUGAAAUGUACUGCGUGAAGAUCUUCAACGUUCGUCCUUACCGGUACUUGGGGGCCGUCUCCAAGGGGGAGGGCUUAGGCUACGUGCUGCCGCUGCAGGACCGUUUCUCUGGAGUCACCUCACACCUGGAGGUCCAGAUGUGUGACGGCUCGGACCCCUCCCGUUUCCUCUGAGCCGCCCCGGGCCCUCCGCUCUGAUGAGCUGGCUCCUGAUCAUUCACUUUGCAUACAGGCUUUGGUAUAGCUCAGACUGCAUGGCUGCAGACUGUGCGUCGAACCUGACAUUGUUAACUAAAUAAACUGCAGUGCUGACCUUAAUCAAGACACGUGUAUUCUCAAAUGUACGCUCAAGUGUAAAAAUGUACAUGGUGGUGCAGUAGGCUACACGAAUGGAGAGUGGCUCAACAAUGUAAGCCAUGCUACCUAAUGGGCCUACAGUUGGUUUGCUAACCAAAUAUUGGCUCAACACUACCAAAUUAGAGCACAGCUUGAAUUAAGGAAACUUAAUUAAUUAAAGUGCAAGUGAACCCAGGAUAGUAAUCGUUGAUAAUUUGUCUCUGUUACCUAACAUAAAUAAUCUUUUUUUAUUCAGACGAUUUGCAAGCGGCUGUUGCAUAAGAAGGAUGAUACACUCGAGCACUUUGGAAGUAAACAAGGAUUCAAGCCCAAUGCUGGGCGGCACCCCUUGUUUGAAUGUACCUUACAUAAUCCACUCGCACUUUGUAAGAACAAGUAUCAGAAGGUUGGCAUGGAAACAUGACAAACUACAGCAUGCAGGCUGGCUGAAAAAAAAUUAGGAAGAAGGCAUUUAAAAUAGAACAUUUUAUUUAUUUGUACACAGAUGAAACAUGAUUGUAGAACCACAUCAACGCAGGAGGUGCGGUCAGCUAAUGAAUA